AUGCAAUCGACGGCCACAGGAUGGGAUGAGAAGGAUGUGGAUCCAAAAGUUGACGACCAGGAGAAAAAACUGUCAACGGUAGAGCGUCGACUGUCCGGUAGUACUCGGUCAAGUGAAGCUGGGAUCGAAGGAGACUAUGGAGCGGAUUCAGGAUUGAAACGUAAGUUGAGCUCUCGACACUUGUAUAUGAUUUCACUUGGAACGGCCAUUGGCACAGCUCUUUGGUUAGGUUCCGGUGCCAAUCUGACAACUGCUGGACCGGUUGGGAUGUGGAUUGGUUUUUGGAUUGCUGCUUCUAUUGCUUGGGCCUUGAUGCAGUCGGUUGGUGAACUCACAGUUAUGUAUCCAGUCCCGUCGGCUUUUCCACGGUGGAGUCAGAAUUUGGUUGAUCACUCCAUCGGAAUUUCUCACGGAUGGGCCUUUUGGUUGUUGUAUACUUUGGGCAUUCCAACAGAGCUCGCUGGUCUCGUUACUGUUAUGCAGUUUUGGACCGACAAGGUACCGCCAGCAGGAUGGAUUUCCAUUUUUCUCUUCAUCUUGGUUGUUUUGAAUGCUUUCCCAGUACGGGUGUAUGCUGAAACCGAAAGUAUCAUGUCCUUUAUCAAGUUUGCAUGGAUCUUCAUCAUCAUCAUUACCUCCAUCGUUAUUUCUGCCGGUGGUGGCCCCAAGGGCAGUAGUAUUGGGUUCCGGUAUUGGCGUGAAGCACCUUUUACACAUGGCUUUAAGGGUUUCCUCAACGUUAUGCCGAAUGCUGUCUUUUCCAUGUCCGGUAUAGAAUUGGUGGGCAUUGCUGCCGCGGAAGCAAAAAAUCCCAAAAAGUCGGUUCCCAAAUCCGUCGGCUCAAUUUGGCUUCGUCUUGGAUUGUUUUACAUUAUUGGUAUAUUGAUGGUUACCAUCAUCAUAUCUCCUCAUUCUCCCGAUAUAUUUGGCGGAAAAGGUGCUGACGCCUCUCCUUUUGUCAUCGCAUUUCGAAAUGCCGGCAUUCCUGGACUUAGUCAUGCUAUGAAUGCCAUCAUCCUUAUUUCCGUUUUCUCUGCCGCUAAUUCUGAAGUAUAUACGGCUCCAAGAAUUCUCGUGGGUCUUGCUGAAGUGAAGAUGGCUCCCAAAUGGUUUUUACGUUGCGAUCGUCAAGGACGACCACUCUAUGGUUUCCUGUUCACCAUUCUGAUUUCCGGUGGUUUAGCAUAUUUAAACGUAAACCAAACUGGAUCUACCGUGUUUCAGUGGUUUGAAAGUUUGGUGUCUCUCUGUGUAUUGUAUUCCUGGGGUUGCAUCUUCCUAGCUCACCUUCGCUUUCGAAAAGCAUGGAAAGUUCAAGGGUUCUCGGCAGAUCAGUUGCCCUGGAAGUCAAAGUUUUAUCCCUUCAGUGCGAUUUGGGGGAUUUCUUGGUGUAUUUUGAUUUGCAUUAUUGAAUUUUAUCUCGCUGUUUGGCCUCUAGGAAAGCCAAGCAGUGCUAGAAACUUCUUCGCUACUUAUUUGUCUAUUGUCCUUAUUGUUAUUAUUUAUUGUGCGGCGAAGAUUUAUUAUCGUGGACCUUUUUGGAAGAAACCUUCCGUGGUAAAUUUGGAUCAUGGUCGAAGAUUUUAUUCGAAUCGUUCAGCAAACGACGACACAGAAGAAGACGAACUUUAUGCUUUCUUCAAGUCUACGAUAAAAAAGAUAAUCCCCAAGAAAAAGUGA